UACAACAUGGCGUCUCCACCAAAAACACUGACCCUGUGUGUCACCGCCUGUAUUUUAUCAUCUGUUGUAGUUGCAGCCCAGGUCGCCAUUCGACAGCUAACCAGAACAGAAUUGCAAGAGAUAUUUGGGGUUCAGGAUCACAGUAAAGUGCCAGAUUAUAGUUUGACAGAAAUCCACGAAUACCAAACUAGGGGGGCCUCAAACCAUGAUGGUCGUCUGCGGAUGUCUAUGAAAGUGGGCGGCCGUUUGCUUCGUCUGCAUCUAUCACGUAAUGACGACCUCGUGCAAAACACGCUCGUGACCAAACUCAGUGUAAACGAUGACGGGCAGACGAUAGAGGAGAGCGUGACAGGAAAAGACGAUGUUGACGGUGAAUUGAGUCAGCUAUACGAGGACCCUGUACACUCUGCUGCUUUCACAAUACAGAGAGAUGCAUCUGGUCUUCUGUUGGAUGGAUCUGUCGGGGACUACGUAGUUCGAACCCUUCCGGAUCACGUGACCUCAAACUCCUCGCUGCGUCACGUGGUCUACAGACAGCCAGACGUUCGAUUUGUCUCGGAUGAAUACUACCCUCCCGAUGAAAAUACCAGUGCAAACAUCACACAACCAAGAGGAUUACAUAAAAGACAAGUCAAAGUCCCGGCGAUAGUGUACGCAGAAGUCACUCUCAUUGUCGCUCAUUCUGUUAUAAGGAACAAGGGUUCGGAGGCCAACGCCAAGAAAUAUGUUCUUAAUUAUUGGAACAGCGUUUCCAGCAAUUAUAAAAGUUACAAAAUGUCACCAGAUAUCCGUUUCAAAAUCAAAGAGUUUAUAAUGUGUUCGGUGAGUAUCCUUUCCUGA